CUGCUUGAUUUAACGGCCAAACGUCAUACCAAAUUUCUUGCAAAAGGCUUUCCUCCGGAAAAACUCAAUUUUCUGGACGAUUUUUUAUAUUUUUGCACUAAACUGUUGUCCAGUCUUUGGUAUUUGUAUUGUUGGUGUGGAAUUAUAGAAAUUUUAGUGGAAAAAUGACGGAAUCAGCGCAAACUGUGAAGAAUUGCAUCACGCUCAGCGGUUCAUCAACAAUCAUCUGCGAAUAUCUCAAUUAUGGCGUGAAUUCCAUCCUCUUCCAGCGAGGAAUCUACCCACCAGAAUCUUUCUCCACGACUCAGCAAUACGGUUUAACAAUUUUCAUGUCAAAAGACGAGAAAAUUACAGAAUUCCUGAGCAAGGUUCUGUCUCAGGCACAAGAAUGGAUCACGAAUAACAAGGUGGAGAAGAUCUCUUUGGUCAUCACGAAUGCCCACACUAAGGAGACUUUGGAGUGCUGGGAUUUCAAGAUUGACAGCGAUCGGGAGAAUAUUUCCAGGGAAAAUGGGAAGGAUACAACUUCUUCCAAGGAUUUGAAGAGGAUUCAGCAGGAAAUUCGAGAUGUCAUGAGACAAAUUAGUGCCACUGUGUCUUUUUUGCCGCUGUUGGACUGUGUCUGUUCCUUUGAUGUGCUCAUUUAUACGCUCCGGGACAUGGAAGUCCCUGAGCAAUGGGACAAUACUGAGGGUGUUUUUAUCCAGAAUGCUCAGGCAGUUCAGCUGAAAUCUUUCUCCACUGGCCUGCAUAAGAUGACCACGAUUGUUAAUUACAAAAUGAAUUUGUGAAUUUUCCAGCUUUUCCCAGUUUUUCCAAAGUUUUCGUCAAGUUUUCAAAUACACGUCAAAACUC